UUGACGACAGAGUGCUCUCCCUUGUAUAUCUUGGAGUAUUUGUGGCAUUGGAUUUUCGUCAACCGCAACAUCAUUGCCGCAACCUAGAAUCUAUUUUAGUUGUUUUCUUUAGUUUAUAUAAUUUGUUUGGCUUUAAAAAAAGGAAUAGAAGAGCUCAUUGUAUAUGAUUGUGCAUUUAUAUUGCGCUCAAACUGGUUCUUUGAAGUUUGCUUUUGAAGGAAUAAGACAAGUCGAGCAUAAAAUUUAUCGUUUGAGUUGGUCUGAUAUUGUUGAUAUGCUGCUAGAAUUAUAAUAAGAAUGGCCUUGAGUUUAGCACACAAAGCAAGCAAAUUGCUGCAGAAAACACUGCUGUACGGUCACGUCUCUUGCCUGAACUACCAUUCGAAGCAAGGCGUCUUUGGUUAUAAUUCUGCUGUACAGCAGAAUAGAUUGUCUAAUCCGACAUCAGAGUCUCUAUAUUCUUCCGAGGAAUUGAGCAAUCGAAUCAAACAUGCCAACAUUGUGCGCCUGGUUGAUGCUUAUCGCAGUUAUGGACACAGAAAAGCUACCCUUGAUCCACUGAGCUUGCAAGAGAAAAGAGUCCUGUCUGAGUUAAGCCCAGACCAGUUUGGUGUCACGGGAGAAAGUGCAGCAGUGAUUCAGUCUGCAGGAAUUGUCAGUGGAUUGGCCGAAGAAAUAGCAGUCUCGGAUUUGAUUGACCACCUAGAGACGGUGUAUUGUGGCUCUAUUGCUGCUGAGUUCCAAUACUUGCCGUCUGAAGAAGAGCGUGUGUGGUUUGCGCAACAGUUUGAGGGAAGAAAUGAGACAGAAAUACCCAAUUCAAGGAAAGUGGAACUUGCAAAACUGUUGUUACGAUGCCAGGCUUUUGACCACUAUGUUGCCACAAAAUUCUCUUCUGUCAAACGAUACGGAGGGGAAGGAGGAGAGAGCAUGAUGGCCAGCUUUGACGAAAUCUUCAGCAAAUGUGCUCAACAUGAUGUGAAAAAUGUAAUUGUUGGCAUGGCGCACAGAGGUAGACUGAACUUCAUGACUUGUCUGCUGGAUUUCCCCCCGGUGAUUAUGUUUAGAAAGAUGCAAGGACUGUCAGAAUUACCUGCAGGUGCCAGAGGGGUCGGGGACGUGCUGUCUCAUUUAUACACAUCUGUAGACGUGACCCGAGAUGGGAAGCCAGUUCAUGUGUCUUUUAUCCCCAAUCCAUCUCACCUCGAGGCUGCCAACCCUGUUGCGGUCGGGAAGGCGAGGUCAAAGCUGCAGAGCAACCGUUGGGGUGACUACAGCGACAGCACAGAGGGAAAGCCAGGGGACGGAGUUCUGUGUCUGCAGGUGCACGGAGAUGCCAGUUUUGUGGGGCAGGGAGUGGUGGCUGAGACGUUCUGCUUCGCGGACACGCCUCACUUUGACAUCGGCGGCAGUGUGCAUCUCAUCAUCAACAACCAGGUCGGCUUCACGACGGAGUCAGAACGGGGAAGGUCCUCUCAUUACUGCAGCGACAUUGCCAAAGUGAGCGGUUACCCUGUCCUACACGUCAAUGGAGACCACCCUGAGGAUGUUGUUCGUGCGACGUCGCUAGCGAUGGAGUACAGGCAGAAGUUCCGCCGCGACGUGAUCAUUGACCUAGUUUGUUUCCGUCGCUGGGGUCACAAUGAGAUGGAUGAGCCGGCCUUCACGCAGCCCGUCAUGUACAAAGUGAUCAACAGCCGCUCCAGCGUGCCCGACCUGUACUCCCAGGAAGUCGUGGCAUCGGGUCUUUGUGAUCAAACUGAACUGAGCGAAAAUGUUCAGCAAUGGACCUCUAACCUCACGGACAAUUUCAACCAAGUGGACUCCUACGUCAACAAGCCAUUCCACCUGCUGGGCCAGUGGUCAGGCUUGAGCCAGGCUGGUGAUGUCAUCACGCGAUGGGACACAGGCGUCCCGCUGGACACUCUGAAGUAUGUGGGGGCCAAAUCAGUCACUGUGCCCGAGGACCUGAAUGUGCACCCAACGAUUCGGAAGACUCACAUAGACCGGAGACUCGGCAAGAUGGUGCAGGGGACAGAUCUGGACUGGGCAACGGCUGAAGCUUUGGCGUUUGGGUCUUUGUUACAUCAAGGUUACAAUGUGAGGAUCAGCGGUCAGGAUGUGGGCCGCGGGACGUUCAGCCAUCGUCACUGCAUGCUGGUGGACCAGGAGACUGACCACAUCUACAUCCCGCUCAACUCCAUCUCAGAGUCACAGACAGCCUUCCUUGAGGUGGCCAACAGCGUCCUGUCAGAGGAAGGAGUCCUGGGCUUUGAGUACGGGGUCAGCAUCGACCAGCCCACCACUCUGGCCAUCUGGGAGGCACAGUUCGGAGAUUUCUUCAACGCUGCGCAGACAAUCAUCGACACGUUUGUCACCAGUGGGGAAUUGAAGUGGCUGCUACAGUCCAGUCUGGUCAUGUUGCUUCCUCACGGGAUGGAUGGGGCGGGCCCGGAGCACUCGUCCUGUCGCAUGGAGAGAUUCCUGCAGAUCUGUGACAGCAAGGAGGACAAAGUGGACGGAGAUGACGUCAACUUUCAGAUUGCCAACCCCACCACGCCCGCCCAGUACUUUCACCUAUUGAGGAGACAGAUGAUUCGUAACUUCCGCAAACCUCUGGUUGUUGUGGCACCAAAAGUGAUCCUGCGUCUGCCAGCCGCCACCUCGUCUCUCGCCGACAUGGCCCCCGGGACACACUUCCAGCCUGUGCUAGACGACUCAGUCGCAGCGGCGGCAUCUGUAACACGUGUUGUCUUCUGCUCAGGGAAGCAUUAUUACGCGCUGAAUGCGGAGAAGCAGAAGAGAGGUGCUCAGAAUAUGGCUUUGGUGCGCCUUGAGAGCCUGUGUCCUUUCCCUGUGGAGGAGCUCCAGCAGAUCCUGGCGAAAUAUUCAAAUGCCAAAGAGUUUGUGUGGAGCCAGGAGGAGCACAGGAACAUGGGGGCCUGGACCUUUGUCUCCCCACGCUUCCACAACCUGGUCGGUUGUCAUCUCAAGUAUGCCGGCAGAGACGUGCUGGGUACCCCAGCUGUGGGCAUCGGGGAGCUGCACAAACAGGAAGUGGCUGACAUACUCACGCAGACUUUCUCCUAAUGCUGUUACUUAUUACCACGCAGCCUCGCUUGCAUUUAACCUUUGACCCCCUGUGGAAUAAAUGUGCGGCAUCGUGGUGAAAUCAAGGGUUCGUUAUAUAGUGAAGUAGAAGAAAACAGUAUUUUCCCCGCAGGUUUCACGAUUGUUAUCAAAUUAAACAUUUUUGGCUCAACACUUUUUAUAUCCGUUCAGAAAAACGCAUUUCUAUUUUUGAUGUUACUGAAAAUCGUAGAUUGAAGGCACAGAAAAUGUAUAUUUUCACUUUUCAAGGACUCUCAAGCUAUGGAAGUCCCCAAACUUUGGGAGGCCAU